AUGAAGAUCGAGUUCGCCCCGCUGAACAUCCCGCUGCGGAGGAGACUGCAGACCGCCGCCACGCUGCAGUGGGUCUUCUCCUUUCUGGCUCUAGCUCAGUGCUGUCUGGCUGCCUUCGUGCUCCUGGCUCUCUCUGAUUGGUGGAUGCUCGCGCUGCUGUAUGCUGGUUGGCUGUGGCUGGACUGGGACACGCCCACCAGCGGGGGUCGGAGGUCACAGUGGGUCAGGAGCUGGACUGUCUGGGACUUCUUCAGGGAGUACUUCCCAAUCACACUGGUGAAAACUGUCGACCUGGACCCAAAGAAAAACUACAUUUUUGGAUUUCAUCCACACGGCGUGCUGGUUGCAGGAGGUUUUGGGAACUUCUGUACGGAGGCGACAGGAUUUUCCCGCCUGUUUCCUGGACUCAGGUCUCACCUGCUGAUGCUGCCGUUCUGGUUCAGAGUCCCGCUCUUCAGAGACUACAUCAUGUUUGGAGGCCUGGUGUCCAGCUGUAAGUCCAGCCUGUCGUACCUCGUCAGUCGGCCUGAGGGAGGAAAUGUCGCCGUCAUUGCGGUGGGCGGAGCUCCAGAGGCUCUGGACGCUCGUCCUGGAGCGUUAAAGCUGCAGGUCCGAAACCGGAAGGGCUUCAUCAAACUGGCCCUCAAACACGGAGCUCAGCUGGUUCCGGUCUUUUCUUUUGGAGAGAACGAGUUGUUCGAUCAGAUGGAGAAUCCCACCGGCUCUCCUCUGAGGAGGCUGCAGAACCGGCUGCAGAGCAUCAUGGGAGUAGCCAUGCCUCUGUUUCACGCCAGAGGAGUUUUUCAGUACAGCUUCGGACUGAUGCCGUACAGGAAGCCCAUCCACACCGUGGUGGGGACGCCCAUCCCAGUGGUCCAGACUCCCAGUCCAACCAGCGAGGACAUCGAGUCUCUUCAUAAAGUUUACCUGCAGAGUCUGACCGAGCUGUUCGAGCAGCACAAACUAUCGUACGGCCUCUGCGAGGACCAGCACCUCACAUUUAUAUAAAUAUAUGAACGCCUCAUGUUCAAUGACCUCAUAUGUACUCUGUUUAUAAAAGGUACGUAAAUAAACACCUCACAUUAUAUUAUUACAGACAUAUAUACAAACACAUGACCUCCAGCUGACCGUCUGACGCUGUUAGCAUCAUCUAACAGCGAUGGGACCGAACAUUGUAAAUCUUAAUAAAGAUCAAAGGGAUUAAAAGAGGAUGCUAACGGUGCUAGCACUGUGCGCGACUGUUACUGCGUUUCUGUUGGUUAGGGUCGGGGAUGCUAACCACAUUAGCAACUCUCAUAGAAGCCACAAGGGCAUGUUAGCAUUGUGUUCAAACCCCCAAAGGAUUGUCUUAUUAAUGCUAACAAUGCUAACAGGCUAAUACAUUCAUAUGGGGGAUGCUAACAGCUUCGUCGUGCUGCAUUUAAGAGCAAUGUAAAGACGAGCGUUUGUUUCCCUGUUUCAUGAAGUGACAUCACACGACGACGCGUCAGAUGACUGUUGAGAUGGUCUGUGACAUCACAGGACAUCACAGAGGUUUGGUGGUGCCGUCUGAUUGGUUGAUUUAUGCUGAAAGUGAUCGUUUCUUUUGAUUUGUAUUUUAAUGUGUUUCAGUUGUAUUAUUAAUAAUAAUAAUAAUAAUAAUAAUAAUAAUAAUAAUGAUAAUGAUAAUAAUGAUUACCUUAAAAAUUGGGACGUUGUGUAAAAUAUCAAUAAAACACAAUGUGAUGAUUUUCUA